AUGUCUGAACCUGAUACCUCUACCAAUGUGUACAAACACGAGAAGGAUAUUGUCAAAGACGAUACCAAUGGCCUUGAACCGAUAGCGACCAAAGGGGAAGCGGGCGUAGGAGAACUGGAAGAGACCAGAAAUGGUCAAUUUCAUCGCUCGUUCUCGGCCCGCCAGGUCCAUAUCAUUUCUUUAGGAUCCAACAUCGGCAGUGGUGUGUUCAUCGCCACUGGAAAAGCCCUGGCCACCGGUGGGCCAGGCAAUAUGGUCAUUGCCUACACUAUGGUCUGCACGUGUGUAUGGGCUGUGCUUCAAUCACUCUCCGAGAUGACCAUCGCGUUCCCCGUCUCAGGAAAUUAUAUCGACUAUGCGGAUCGUUGGGUCGACCCAGCUCUGGCUUUUGGUGCAGGAUUUGCAGAGUGGCUUGGUUGGACGGCCAUCGUCGCAUCCGAAGCAGGAUUCUUCAACGUGUUGGUUCAAUAUUGGGCUGAAGGGUCUAUUCCAUUGGCCGCGACAAUCACUAUCUUCUUGGUCGCCUGCCUGGCCAUUUUCGUUCUGCCAAACAAAGUCUUCGCUUGGUUUGAAUACGUGACAUCUUUGAUCAAAAUCGUUAUCUUCCUCAUCAUCAUCGUUCUGUCUUUGGCGCUUGUUCUAGGAGCUGGACCUAAGGGCUCUAUACAUCAUGGAGAGACUUGGACCACACUUCCCCCAUUCCUCAACGGAUUUUCUGGAUUUGCCAACUGUGCACUUCUUGCCACAUGGGCUGUUGGCGAUCAAGUGUUUAUUGGUAUUAUGGGCGGAGAAGCCGAAAGUCCCCGAUUCUCCAUGGCCCAUGCGACGAAGCUCGUACCAUUCCGAGUCAACUUUAUCUAUGUGAUCAGCGUUGUCUUCAUCACACUAUUGGUCCCAUCAGAUGAUAAUCGCUUAUUAGGCGGCAGCGGUGUCGCAGCCUCGCCUUUUAUUAUCGCCGUUCAAAAUUCCGGAAUCCCAGGCAUUCCCUCGCUGUUGAAUGCGGGAAUGAUAUGCGGUGUUCUGGCGAUUGCUGCUGAGGCUGUAUACCUUUCGUCAAGAAUCUUGAGAACCAUGGCUCAUCAGAAACUGAUUUGGGAAGGCCUUGCCACUGUAGACUCUAGGGGGCGUCCCAGAUUGGCAUUGAUAAUUACCUCGCUGGUCGCAGUGGUCUUGGGAUACAUCCAAAUUGCCGCUGGUGGUCUGACCGUUUUGAACUGGUUGAUCUCAAUCACCAGUGCCUCUUUCUUUACCAAUUGGAUCAUCAUUUCCUUUGUCAACUGGCGAUUCCAUCGCGUGCUGAAAGCACAGAAUGAUCCGCUUUUCACCGAGAUAUACGCCUGGAAAUCCUCACUAUGGCCCCUCGCACCGGCAUGGCUGAUGUUUAUCUCUAUCUUCCUGCUGGUUUGCUGUAUAUUCCUUGGCAUUAAACCUCCUGGAGGUACCGGCUUUACUCCGUCAAACUUCUUCCAAUACAUCCUCGGAAUUUUGAUCAUCUUCGGUUUCACCCUCGGAUACAAAGUUAUUUACCGAACUCCAUGGCGAGAUCUGAAGACUGCGGAUUGCAGAACUGGUCGACGUCCCUUGUCAGUUGAAGAAAUAGCUAUGCUUGAUGAUUACUACCGACAACCGGCCUGGCGAAGGUUCCUAACUUAUGUUCAGCUAUGGUAA